AUGAAGAUUCCAGCGAUACUCGCGACGUCCCUCCUGAUCUGGGGUGUAGUGGCCGCGGACGAACCGUCGUCGGAACACGACCAUCCGAUUCCGAUACCGAAGCACAAGCCAUUGCCACAACCGAAACCGUGGAAGCAACCGGUGAAAUGGGACGACAAGCACAUGGAGGUUAAAGCUAAGGCGGUAGCCAUCGCAGGAGCUAAAGUGGGCACCGGUAUAGCGGAAACGGCGGCCGCGUCCGGCGAGGACAUCGCCAGGAUCCUUGGGAUCGGGCAACAAGCGGCUGACGUCCAAGAGGCAGCCGCCGCUCAGUCGCAAGCUGCUGCUGACGCUGCGGUACGUGCCAGCCAGGUGACGAACGAGGCUACUAAUCUGGUGGUCGCAGCCGCUCAAGCAGUCGCAAGAGCAUCCACAAGCCGCCGCGCAGGCGGAAGCCACGCGGAGGCCGAGGCGAAAGCGAACGCAGCUGCGAAAGCGACCGCAGCCGCACUCAGCAUCGCGAACACAGCGGUGCAGGCUGAGUCAGAGGCGCUAGCGGCCGCACUGGAGGCUGCGAAACUGAGAGCGAUCGCUGAGGCAGCCGCGGCACGCGCAGCCGCAGUCAGCGCUAUAGCUCUAGCGGAGGAGAUAGCCUCGUCCCAGGUGGAGAACAACGCAGGCGUGGCUCAAGCCGCCGCGUCAGCGUCGGUCGAGACCCAAGCGGUCGCGGCAGCUGCUUCCGCUACCGCUGAGGCAGCGGCCGAAAGCCACGCGGGCAAAGGUGAGAUCAAAGUACCGAUCAUCAAACGGGAGAAGCUGGUUAUCAAAGAGAAGAAAUGGGUCCCGGUAAAGAAGGACGAGCACGGAUGGAAAUGAUUCGGAGGAUUCGAAGAGGUCAUGAAACAGGCGCGGAGAGACGAUUUCGGGGGUUCUGAGAAAAUAUUGUAGAGUAAAA